AUGGAAUCCCAAAGAUCAUCAUACAAUUUAAAUGGUUAUUAUGGUAACGCUCGUGCUUCGGUUACUUCUAAGGAAGUCCAAAACAAUCCAGAUCCGUUAGACACUCCAGCUUCCACAAUUCCUGAUUCUGAUAAGGAUUCCACUAAUGUUAACCCACAUUCAUCGGCAACACCUGAUACAUCAGCUGUGCCAGGGAAUCAUCAUCAUGCAUCUCCUCAUUUUACUCCAGUGCCAUUCCCACAUUACGUGCCGUACUCGCAGUAUUACAUGAUGCCCCCCAAUCACGCCACCGCCUCAGGCUGGCAAUAUUAUGGACACCCAUCUAUGAUGCCGUAUCCACCUUAUCCAACACCGUCUGUGUACUUUCCAUCAGACGCCCCAACACUAUUACCACAUUCUCCAUCAUCAUUGCGCUCACCUUUGAGUGAAAAAUUACCUGAGUCUGACAAAAAAUUACCUGAGUCUGACAAAAAAUCGGAGCAGCGUCAUACGAUGACUUCUGCUAAGCCAUCGAUCUAUGAAAACGUCAGACCACCACCGAUCCUAACUUCAAAAAACGACUUCCAAAAUUGGGUAAAGUUUUACAUCAAGUUCUUACAAAAUUCCAAUCUGGGUGAUAUUCUUCCGACUGAAAACGGCAAAGCCUCACGUCAAAUGACGUAUCAAGAACAUACCUUUAUGUACAACACUUUUCAAAUGUUUGCUCCUUAUCAAUUCUUACCAACUUGGGUUAAAGAUAUUUUGACAACAGACUACACAGACAUCUUGAAGAUUCUUUCUAAAAGUAUUGAAAAAUCAAAAGACGAAAAUCAAGAUUUACAUGAUUUGAAUGCCAUUACUAAUCUGAAAUAUGACGGAAGUAUACCCGCAGACCAAUUCGAAAGCGUCGUUACAAAUCUUAUUGAAAGACUAAACAAGAACGGCCAUAACAUUACCGAAAAAUUAGGUUGUGCCCUCAUCAGACAAGGACUUUCUGGCAAAUAUGAAUCUUUACGUUUAGGACAUCGAUAUCAAAGAAAUACGACUAUUGCUGAGUUACUACUCGAUAUCGAAGACAUUUACACAGCACAGCAGGAAUUGAAAAUAAGCAGGCAUAAUGCUCCGAGACCUUAUAGUGAUAAUAAAAACACUACUCGUACAUAUCCAACUUCAAAUGAUGCUAGAGUUGUAACUCGCAAUUCUAAGACAACCAAUCAAAAGCCUAGGACAGCCAGAGUUCGUGACGUUGCUACAACCAAUUCCUUCAGAGAUCAUAGUUCGAACACCAAACAAACAUAUGAUAAUUCUUCUAGAGCUAAUGACGCCUCUUUUGACACUUUGAAUCUGUUUAUAAUUAGCAGUUUAGUAAGUUGUAAUAAUUAA